AUGUCAACCGACGUGGUGCAAAAGGCUUUGGCAGCUGCAGCUGCGCGUGCCCAGAGGCACGCAGAGCUGAACUCUGCUGCUUCUGUAAUGGAACGGCUGCUUAAUGUUGCCCUAUCUCCGGAGAUGCUCCCCCCUGGCUCCACUGUCCCUGCUGGCUCUUUGGAGGUGGAACUUGGGAAAACACAUGGCAUUGGUCUGCAAACGCCACCGGCCAGACUUAAUAGAUAUGACUCUCGCCACCUCGUGUCAAAUGAGAAAGAGAAGAGCCAUCAGAGAAAGCCCAAGAACGUUCGAAAGACUUUGAAGGGUAAAAAGAGCUCUGGGUGGCGUGCAAAGAAAGACACAGUGUCUACUGUCCCAGGACAUGGUACUGCUACAGCACCCGACGCACCUGCAGACCCAGCUGCUGACCCACCUGCAGACCCACUUGCAGACACUGCUGCCAAACCUGCAGACACACCUGCAGACACACCUGCAGACCCACCUGCCCCACCUGUAGAUCCUGCACAAGCAAACCCACCCCCAGAGACAGCCUCAGCCUUAGUGGCAGCACCUGCAAACCCACCAGAGCCAAAUGCUGAGCCAACGUCUGCUGUCAGGACUGAUGCAGCCACAGCACCACUGAACACAGAACCAAAGAGGGCAACAGCAGCCAAAUCCAUGGCAGUUCCUUCCAAAGUGGAAGUCAAACAAGAAAAGCAGGAAGAGCCUGUGACUCCUGUCCCUACCAGUGCAGUUAGAAGACAGAAUCAGCAGAUAACUGCCAUGGAAAACCUGAGACGACCAGAAACACAACUGCAGUUGGCUAGCCCCAGACCUUCCUCUGCCCCUGCAGCUUCCCCUUCGGAGAACUCUUCCCCGUCUGGAGCCGAAGCAAAUACCAGCACCCCGGCAGCUCCACCUUCAGCUUCUGGGACCCCCACCACUCCUGGCACUGGCACUCCACAAUCUCCGGCUGUAGGACCUGGCGAGACAACCGUGCUGGCACUGCCAAAAAAACGAAGAGAGAAGACUGCAGAAGAGAAAGCAUGUCAUGCACGCUUUAUGCGAUUCACCCGGCACAUUCAGAGUUCUGGAAAGCUUCAAAUCCUGAUGGAUGAGUGGCUGACGAGCGGUGGGGACUGGUCAAAAUCCCAGUUGUAUGUCAGAAUGACAAUCAAGAAGCGGGAGCGUACACAUGGGGCCCGUAUCUGGUAUACCAAGCACCAGUUGGUGCAAAAGUUUGGAUCAGAUCACUUGGCACAACAGAUCAUCGACAACAAGAUGGGUGACCCAUUGACACGGGAAACCCAAGUCAAGAACCACCCCGAUGCUCCGGCCAGUGAGGAGCUGCGGCAAUACCUGAUUUGGGACAGCGAAGGUGUCAGUGAGACAGAAGACAAAGAGUUGGAGGAGAUGUUCCAGGCUGCAGACAGGGAUGAUUCUGAUAGUGAAGAGUCCAGAGGCCGGAAAAGGAGGAAAGACGACAAGAAGAAGAAGCGCAAGUCCAGCAGUCGAAGCUCACCAGAGACAGAUGGCAAGAAAAAGAAGAAGAAGAGCAAAGGAAAAAAAGCAGCUAAGAAGGAGACAAAGGAACAGAAGGAGAAACGCAUUGCCAGAGAGCAAGCAAAACGUGUCAAGGAGGACCAGCGUGAGAAGGAAAAGGCUGAGAAGGAAGUGAUUUCGAAAGCGAAAAAGACCUUACACAAGAUCAACGACAAAGUCACCCAUGCCUGCAAGAAAGAGAAGGUAGUCAGUGCAAUGUCUGGCACCUGGGGAUCGAGGCCUCAGAUGUUGCGCCACGCGAUCGAGGGUGAGCUACAGAGAUUCCGGAACCGAUUGAUCAGGGCCAGGGAUGACUUGCAAAGGAAGAUCGAUUCCCUUGAUGGAUCGACUGUGGGCAAGGAAAUGCGCGCCCUCAAAGCCCACUCGCAGGAUUGCAAGAACAAUAUCAGCCACGGAUUGACAAAGCGGUUGGGUGGAAUGUGUGGCAAGAACAACUCACGGGAUUGGUGGCGAACCCUCAACCGUGGGCCAGUAAUCGAAAGCAUCAAGCUUCCCACAAAGUUUACUGAUCUUGCCACUGGGAAGGAGAAGUUCAUCCUCGAAGACUGGCCAAUGAUGAUGCCGCAUGCCAUAGCUGACUUUCUUUUUGAACAUGGUGGUCUGGAAGUACCAGAAGCUUUUCGGCGUGAAUACUGGGAAUUCAAUGCCCGUCAUGGGGAACCCUGGGCAGUUGGAGUGGACCCAACAGCCAUGCCAUUAGGCAUCUAUGGCGAUAGUGCCAAAGUGCAAACAAAGUUUGGUGUCACAAAUCUCAUCGGCAUAUAUUUCAACAUUGUGCUCUGGAAGCCGCAAUCCGUUCGUGCUAGCAGGUUCCUGGUCACGGUGAUACCGGAGCACAAGACUUGGAAACAUUUCACUUUGACUGUGAUCUUGCGGUGGGUCACAUGGUCUCUCAAUGCGCUGAUGGCUGGAAGACACCCUCAAACCGACCCCUAUGGAGAGGCUCUACCCUACAGAAUGGCCCAGAUCGCUGGCAAAGCCUUCAAAUACAAGGGUGUUGUGACGGAAAUACGUGGAGACUGGGCUUGGCACAAGAAGGUGUUCAGGUUUUGGAAAUGCUCAUGGACAGGCAUAAAAAUUUGCCACUGGUGCAGGGCUUUGUCAUCCUCUUCCGAUCCGGCGGAUUUGUAUUGGAAGUUCGAGGGGGGCUCUUGGAAUGGCAACAACUUCUCUGCAGGUGAAUUUCUGGAAGAAAGGAUUCCACCCACUGGCAUAUGUCCCUUCGUUGGAUUGUCAAAUUUCCAUCCAAUGCAGAUUCGCUGGUGCUUAAUGCACGUUCUGAACUUGGGGUUACUGUACGUCGUGAACGGCAGUGGGAUGAACUUGCUGCUGCAAUGUGGCUAUUUUGGAACUGACGAUGUGUCGAUGACCAUCAAAAUGUCGAGGGCAUACCAGAGGUUCAGAGCCUGGACUGCUGAGAACCACAUUCAUUGUUCUCAACCGCCGUUUGCAGAGAAGAUGUUGUUCAAGACCUUCACCACUGAAAUCCUCUUCACAGCGAAAGCCUACAAUGGCCGAGUCAUCCUGGAAUGGCUCUCCCAUGAAGUCUACACUGCUUGCAACAUCCCCGAGUUUGCUGAGUGCGAUCGACGAUUUCAUACCAUUGCUGCUGCUUUGAUACUGGAACUGAUAAACCGAUAUAUGCUGGAGGCUGUGUUUUUUUGA